AUGGCCUUUUAUUUCCCUCGUGAAUUGCGCUGCAGACCGGCUGAGUCAGCUUUGCUCGCCCGCGUUGAAGCGAAACAUUCUACGUUCCCGACCUACGUCCAUGGGAUGUCCAAGGCGGGCAACCCCGUUAUCUACAAGCCAAGCCUAAGUGGGCUGCGAGAUUUCCGCAGGUUGUUUGUUUUACAGACCGACUCGUACUUAAUUGACACGUGGCUGGAGGAGACAAAGGCGAGUGCUUUCACGUUGGUUCUGGACUUCGGCAUGCUUACGAGACGACUGAGAGCACCAACGCUGGAUAUGUGGGAGUCACUGAGGAGCGUCGUGGACCCGCUACCUGCGGAGGCGCGAUCGUCCAUUGAGCAAAUGGUUCACCGAGUGUUCGCACGGUGCGAGGCGGUUGUAGUUGUGAAUGCAACCACCUUCUUGAAGCUUUUGAAGCCUGUUAUAUCUCUGAUGGUUCCGGUCAGCAGUGAUAAGUUAUUUGUCUCCACAGACUACUCGGCGCUGUUCAAAGUAGUGUCUGCCCCGCAGGUUCCCAGACCGUACAACCCCUCUUCCCCCGAUGUGCUCAGCAGCAGUGCUCACACAACGCAGCUGUACACGUUGCUGAAUGCCCGAGCCCAGGAGGUUCUAGGGCGGCCCUUGCAAAUUGAUAUUCCCGCUGCAAUGGCUCCGCCUCCGAAAAAGGUGCAAACAGAUAAGGAGCAGCCUCCUGUGGUUCCUUCGCCCAAGCCGACACCGGCACCAGAGGAAAGGACUGUAGCAGAAGCCUUAGAAGUGGACCAAGAGGACCUGUUUGAUGAUAUUGACUAG